GCAGCGCUGCUCGCCAUCCAUCCGCUCCUCCUGUACCACAACAGAUGGUGACAACAACAUUGCAUCGAGCGGGGAGCACAACAACAGACUGCAGCAUCCUGUCCGUGCAACACGGACCUUUUCCGUCAGCAUGCUCGCAGGGCAGGACCGCGUGAGGCAGUGACUUCACGCGGCAGCAGAGGCACCACCACCACCACCACCACGGCCACCGGAGGAAGCUUCUCGCCUAGCUGUCUCCGUCGAGUGGGGAAGAUGGCCGCUAUGAAAAUAUUAACCAGUGGAGGUCUCUUCCUGGCGUUGUGCGCGCUGGGGCUUCUCGCCAUGGCGAUUUGCACCGACUACUGGUACGAGACGGACGCGAGGAGGCACCGCGAGAGGUGUAAAAACUACGCCAACAAGCGCAACGACCCGGGCUACAUCUACAUCUCCAACCACAACCUCCCCCUCCGGAUGCCUCCCAAGAGGAGAGCAGGCGGCCCGGAGACUGCGCCUCUCGUUCGGGGCAAGCGACACUUUGUGGCCGCAGCCUCCGCGAUGGAGGCUCACUGCAGUCGGCAGUUCAACUCAACGGUGUCCGGCCUUUGGAGGAAAUGUCACCGAGAGGGAUUCGACCUUGAAACCGAGGACCUCAUUUACAAAGGAAUAAUUCAAAGAUGUAGUCCGGUAAAGUAUCACUACACUUCGUCCAUUCUUCCACGAAAUUUACCCGUCAACAUCACGAAGACCAUACGACAGGAUGAAUGGCAUGCACUUCAUCUAAGAAGAAUGACGGCUGGCUUCGUUGGUAUGGCUGUCUCCAUAAUUCUUUUUGGCUGGAUAAUUGGAGUGCUGGGAUGCUGCCAACAGCAUGAUCUCAUGCAAUAUGUGGCUGGGCUACUCUUUCUCAUGGGAGGAACAUGCUGCAUCAUCUCCUUGUGCACAUGUGUGGCUGGAAUCAACUUUGAGUUAUCCCGCGACCCUCGCCACAUGUACGGCCUUCCUGAGGACAUUAGCCAUGGCUAUGGCUGGUCCAUGUUUUGUGCCUGGGGCGGCCUCGGCCUUACUUUGCUGGCCGGGUUCCUCUGCACCUUGGCCCCCUCCCUGAGCACACCGGCCCGCACGACACCUCACAAGCCGAGGCACGAGAAUGGAACCGUGUGACAGGGCCCGGGCGACUAACCCACCGAGCACACAAACUACACCAUUCAAAACUUUGAUGUUAAAAUCUACAACCGUUUUUGUCUCCUCACCUUCUCACCGCACCCUCAAUAUUGCCAUCCCUCUCAGUCUGCAUCGUGCCUGAGUUGUGAUAGCACACAUUCUGGAACAAAGAACUAACAGACUUCAAACUUCUUGAACCCCCCCAAAAGGACCUCCAGGGACACCAAGAGUGCAACGUUACGUCUGAAAGGCGCUUUGGCUCUCAUAGCACAAGGUUUUUUUGAUCCUCUCUUUUUUGACAUGCUGAUUUUAUGGCAAUCUGAAGGUGACUGUUUUACAAUGGUGCUCUCCUUAAUCCAUUUGCUACACACACUCCUACAGGCACGCACAGACCCAUGCAGAUGGACACCAGCUUUUCCACAUGCUCAUUUUCUGCUGAUGAAUCAUGAGAAAAAUCAUCCAGACACAGCAAAUCACAUCCUGUAAAAUGAGGCUAGAACAUCCCCUUACUCUUUUUUUGAAUAGAGUGAUGUCUGCUGUUAUUGUUUGCGAUGGGAGGGAAAAGAAAUCUGGCAAUGAGUGCCCAUUGCUUCCUGUUAAUGUAGCACAAUGAUAUCAAACAUUAGCCCUACCAUGGUAGAUGUCUGCAUUCUCUGCUGGAUUAAUCAAGUGGUGUGGGAAGCACCACAAAAUACACAUGACUAAAUUUGCAUGAAAAAGCAAACCAUUUGAUCAUCUCUUAAAAUAUUUGUGUGUGUGUGCGUGUGUGUAUGUGUGUACAAUUGCAUCUCUUUGUAGACUAAGGUACAUUAUUUAUGUAAAGUAGAUUUUGAAUAAGGUUGUUUAUGUCUUUUUGGGUUGAAACAAUGACGCCUGACAGAAUGAAAGCGCAUGCUCAGCAGGAUGGUGGUAAAGGUUUAUGCUCGAGGGAUGAAUCCAUUAUAGGAUUUAGCCACAAUGAUGGCAUUUUGAGUUUGGUGGAGUGAGGAAGAACUGAAAUGCGUAACUAUGAGGGACCGUUAGCGACAUUAUUCAGGUUUAGCUCUCACACUUACUAUUCAAAUGCUUUCACACGCACACAAACUACUGAAAGGCUCUCAUAAGGACUACUCAAACACUCAAGUCUUGCUCUCAUUAACACUACUCAAAUGCUCUCAUUUACAGUACUCAAAUGCUCUCAUUUACACUACUCACACACUCUUUUUUUACACUACUCAAAUGCUCUCAUUGACACUAGUCAAAUGCUCUCAUUUAUGCUACUCAAAUGCUCUCACACACACGCGUCUUGCUCUCAUCAACACUCCUCAAAUGCGAGCACGUGAAUCACAUUCUUGCACACAUCACUGGCAGUCACGAGUUCAUGUCAAUCAUGCUCACGCAUGAAUAGUGUAAAUCUUUUAUUAGGAAGUUCAAUUCAACUCAUAAAUACAUGCUCACAUACAUGCCUCAAAUGUUUGUACACAUACAUGACAAACACAGUCGCAUGAACGUUAUAUUUUAGUUUCUCUAUAUGGGUAUUUGUUUUAUUUGCUAUGUGCUACAAUCAUCAAAAUUUAUUAUAAUAUCCGGUCAUAUUUUAAAUAUGAAAUACUACACUCUGAGUGUGUGCAGUUCAGCUCUAUAAGUUCACUUUUUGAAUUGAACUACCUCAUAAGAGGAUUUACACUAUU